AUGUUAAUAAUUUUAAAUUGAUGUUUACCUAGAAUUUUAUUUAUUAUAGGAGUAUUUACUUUUGUUUCUAAUCGAAAGCAUUUAUUAUCUAUAUUAUUAAGAUUAGAAUAUAUUGUUUUAAGAUUAUUUCUUUUAUUAUUUGUAUAUUUAAAUAUAUAUAAUUAUGAAAAUUUUUUUAGAAUAAUAUUUUUAACUUUUAGAGUAUGUGAAGGUGCUUUAGGUCUUUCAAUUUUAGUUUCAAUAAUUCGUACACAUGGAAAUGAUUAUUUUCAAAGAUUUAAUGUAUUAUAA